AGCUUUUAACAAUUGGAGGGAGGGCGAAAAAGAGGGAGAGAGUCAUUGGUUGUCCUGGGGUCUUCAAAUCACUGGCCUGAGCCUGUCAACAGGUGGCAGAGGGAAGAGUGUUUUAGAGGAAAGAGAGAGAGAAAGAAAGAAAGAAAAAAGAAAGAAAGAAAGAAAGAAAGACUAUUCAAAACGCAGCAAGGCCAUGAUCACCAGACUCCCUCGGCGGGCCCUGUGCCUGUUGGCCCUGUUCUGUACCAUCCCACACUUCAGCUCUGCCGACAACCUCCCCUCAGCCCCGGAGAAAGGAGUCACUUUCAGCCAUGUCUAUAAAAUCGACAUCCCUGGGAGCUCCACCUGUAAACUAGAGAGUCUGCCAUCCCAGGAUGAAGCAAGUGUGCAGACAAGUUUGGAGAACACAGCCCUGGUGGAUGGAGAGAACGACAUUGUCUUCAGACACAACAUCAAGCUGCAGACACCCAAGUGUGACUGCGAGGAGUCUGAGAGCUUCAAGUCUCUGCUGUACAGAGUCAAUGGGCUAGAAGAAGAAGUCAACUAUCUGAAGACGCAGUGUGCUCAGGGAUGCUGUGGGAAAGGUGGUGCCUCAGGUGUGGACACUAGCUGCAGUGGCCAUGGUACCUACCAACAUGACACCUGCAGCUGCCUCUGUGACCCAGGAUGGGAAGGCCCAGACUGCUCUGUGUCCUCCUGCCCCGAUGACUGUAAUGACAAUGGCCGGUGUGUGGAUGGCAAGUGUGUGUGUCACCAGGGAUAUACAGGACACGACUGCAGCCAACUUGCGUGUCCAGACAACUGCAACGACAAGGGACACUGUGUGGACGGAAAAUGCGUGUGCUUCCCACACUUCACUGGCGAGGACUGCAGCAUCCAGAAGUGUCCCAAUGACUGCAUCGGUAACGGCCGGUGUGUGGAUGGCCGGUGCAUCUGUGAUGAAGGGUUUUUUGGGGAAGAUUGUUCACUGGUCCUGGGCCCUAAGGGUCUGCGGUUGGUCCAGGUGACUGACGUCUCCCUGCUGGUGCAGUGGGAGUCGGUUCCCGGGGCAGAAUACUACGUUUUGACCUAUCAACCCAAGGAUGAUGACGGUGCCCUGAAGCAAGUAAGGGUGCCCAAGACAGAGAACUCCUACCUGAUCACAGGACUCACUCCAGGGAUCACCUACAUGGUCCAGGUGUACGCCGUCAUCAAGGGUAUCCAAAGUGAAGCGGACAGGAUUGAAGCAACUACAGAUGUGUCCGCUAUCGAUGAUAUCCAAGUUCUUGGCCAGACAGAAGUCUCUAUUGAGGUGGACUGGAAAAAUCCAGUGGUUGAGGUGGACCACUUCAGGCUUACACACACCGACCCGAUGGGACAUUUGGAGGAGCUGAAUGUACAGAGCAGCCAAGAGAGCCGCACCAAAUACACUAUUGAGGGUCUGCAGCCUGGAACAGAGUACCAGAUCACAGUGCAGGCCAUCAAGGGAGACAUAGAGGGAAAAUCAUCCUCUGUCACCGGCAUCACAGACAUUGAUGUUCCUGGCAACCUGGUCACCAUUGAGGUAACAGAGGACACUGCAACAGUGUCAUGGGACCGAGUCCUGGCAGAAAUCGAUAGCUACAUGUUGAGUUACAGCUCUGCAGAAGGUUCCAGUGGAGAGAUCCCAGUGGGCCCCAGCAGGACCUCUUACAAACUGAUUGGCCUGAGGCCUGGAGUCGUCUACACUGUCUACGUUUGGGCUAUCAAAGGACACAGAACCAGUGAGAAGAGUUCAACCAAGGCUGAGACAGAACUGGACGCCCCUACUAAUCUCUUGGCUCAAGAUGAAGCAGAGACCAGCUUCACCGUGUCGUGGGAUCGAGUCCAGGCAGAAAUUGAUGGCUACAUGCUUACCUACAGCUCUGCCGAGGGCUCCACUGUGGAGGUCCCCCUGGGGCCUGACAGCACCUCUUACAGGCUGACUGGCCUGAGGCCUGGAGUCCUCUACACUGUCUACGUCUGGGCUGUGAAGGGAGACAAAGCCAGCAGGAAGAUCUCAACACAAGCCGAGACAGAACUGGAUGCGCCAACUAAUUUCCUGGCCCGAGAUGAAGCAGAGUCUAGCUUCAGCGUGUCGUGGGACCAAGUCCAGGCAGAAAUUGAUGGCUAUAGAUUGAGCUACAGCUCUGCUGAGGGUUCAAGUGCAGAGAUCCCUGUGUGGCCUGACAGUGAGUCUUACAGACUGACUGGCCUGAGGCCUGGAGUCCUCUACACUGUCUACAUCUGGGCAGUUAAGGGAGACAAAGCCAGCAGGAAGAUCUCAACACAAGCCGAGACAGAACUGGAUGCUCCAUCUAACUUCUUAGCCCGAGAUGAAACAGAGUCCGGCUUCACCGUGUCAUGGGAUCGAGUCCAGGCAGAAAUUGAUGGCUACAUGCUUACCUACAGCUCUGCUGAGGGCUCCAGUGGGGAGAUCCCUGUGGGGCCUGACAGCACCUCUUACAGGCUGACUGGCCUGAGGCCUGGAGUCCUCUACACUGUCUACAUCUGGGCUGUGAAGGGACACAGAGCCAGCAGGAAGAUCUCAACACAAACAGAGACAGACAUCGAUGCCCCUAAGGACCUGAAGGCUACAGAUGUGGCUCUGGAGUCUGCUUCUUUGACCUGGAUCCCUCCACUGGCCGACAUUGAGGGCUACAUCCUCACCUACAGAGAUGAGGACGGAAACAUGGAGACUGUUGAAAAGCAGCUUGCAGCUGGGGAGAACGGCUUUGCUAUAUUUGACCUGGAGAUGGGGAAGAGGUACAUUGUCACCCUGAUUGCAUACAGGGGAACCCAGAGGAGCAAGGUGGUGGAGACCAUCUUCAAAACAAUCGGCCUGCUCUACCCCUUCCCCAUGGAUUGUGUGCAGAUCAUGAAGAACGGUAAUAUGAAGAGUGGCAUCUACACCAUCUAUGUCAACAAUGACCGUUCCAAACCAAUCGAGGUGUACUGCGACAUGGACACUGACGGAGGCGGCUGGCUGGUGCUCCAGCGCCGUAACAUUGGUAAACUGGACUUCAUGAAGCGCUGGAAACAUUACAUUGCAGGCUUUGGCAACAUGACAGAGGAGUUCUGGCUUGGUUUGGAGAAGAUAUAUGAGCUAACAAACACUCCCACCCAGUACGAGCUGAGAUUUGACUUGGGCUUGGGCUCAGAGAGGGUGUACGCCGUCUAUGACAACUUUAAGAUUGCUCCAGUCAAACAGAAGUUCGCCCUCACCAUCGGCAAAUACAGCGGGACAGCUGGUGACGCCAUGACCUACCAUCAAGGCCGCCCCUGGUCUACUGUCGACUCAGAUAACGACAUCGCCCUGGGUAACUGUGCCCUAACUCACCGCGGCGCCUGGUGGUACAAGAACUGCCACCUGGCCAACCUCAACGGCAAAUGGGGUGACAACAGGCACAGCACGGGAGUGAACUGGGAACCAUGGAAGGGCCACCUGACAUCUCUGGACUUUACAGAGAUGAAGAUCCGACCCUUGGGAGCCCUGUCCAGCAGGAGGAGGCGAUCGUUGAUGGCCAGAGAGAAGAGCAGAGCUGCAGCAUCCCUGAACAAACAGACAAACACUUCCCGCUAAAUGUACAACAACUGUCAUCCGCUGUUUACUUGCCAUCAUGCUAGAUUUGGGCAUUUCUCCAUGUUUGAAUGUGGCUAAAGGGAUUAGACAUGGACCGCCUGUGUCGGUGCUCUGACCCCACAGGAAUUCCCACUGUCUGCAUGUCUGUGCGCCUCACAUCUUGGACAGUGCUACUAUAUUACACAUACAAAGAGAGAAAUGCAAAAAACCUCAAACGGCAAUCAUAGGUGAUAGAGCUUAUCUACAAUAAGUACAAGAACCGAGCUCAGUGAUGAAAUUGGAAAUUCCUGGGUUUAGUAUGAUUGUGGGAAAGCAGCUACUAGACAACUGCCUUGCAGUUACUUUAAAGUCAAUGUUUGAAAUUAUGCCACAUUAAAAGUUUAGCGCAUUGAUCUGAAAGUUGAAACAGAAAUAAUACAUUUUAAUGGGGGUGAAAAAAGACAAAUUCCAGGUUAGACCCUGCUGGAAAUCUCAAUCUUAAACCAGUCCACAGCACAUUUUGCUGAAAUCACGCACCAAGAACUCAUAUGUUCAUUUACUGCAUACCCUUAACCUAUUUUUUUUUUCUAAUCCUCG